AUGGCGGCGGCAGGUGAAUUUAUCGACGAGUGUCAUCGCCGUAUUUUGAAUUUAGCAAGGGUAUUACGAGAGAACGAUUCGUCAAUCGAAAUUCUUGAGUCUUCAUACACAGAGCUAACAGCCCUCAUCAGAAAUAUUCGUCGGGUUUCUCAAGAAUCGCCGGAUGCCGUCGAGGUUCUAGAGCCAGCAUUUGAAUUCAGAAGACCUCGCCAGUUAAGGACAAAAGGGCGGCCACUCUACUACAUUUCACGAGAACAUCUCACACAUCUUGUGGAAUUAGGGUAUACCAAGAAGCAGAUGGCACAGAUGCUCCAUGUUUCCACUUCAGUCGUGAAGCGCCGGUUAAGACUCUGUGGUAUCAAUUUAAGAGCAAGGUUCUCCACCCUUUCUGAUGAGGAGCUAGACAGAAGAGUGCAAGAUUUUGUCACUGGGAACAAGAACUUAGGCCAGAGGAUGGUUCAGGCCAUGUUACUGACAGAUUGGCACCGAGUUCAACGGCAGAGAGUCGCAGACAGCCUUAUCCGGGUUGAUGAAGCAGGAGUUGCCAUGAGGUGGGCCCAUGCUAUACAGAGAAGGACAUACAAGGUUUUUGGACCAAAUGCCCUCUGGCACAUUGAUGGCAACCAUAAGCUGAUCAGGUGGGGGUUAGUAAUCCAUGGUGGCAUUGAUGGCUACUCCAGGCUGAUAACCUUUCUCACAGUAGCUUCCAACAACAAGUCAGCAACCAUGAUGGAGAGUUUCCUGGGAGGCACAACCAAGUAUGGUGUUCCAUCACGCGUGCGUUCAGAUCACGGGUUGGAAAACACUGGUGUUGGAGCUUUCAUGCUUGGGUACAGAGGAGCUGGCAGAGGGUCAUUCAUAACUGGCAGGAGCGUUCACAACCAACGCAUUGAAAGGAUGUGGAGAGACAUGUACAGGUCAUGUACACACGUGUUUGCGGAGCUUUUCCGCCACCUGGAGGAGACUGGGAACCUCCAUCCAUCCAAUGCUAUACAUCGAUGGUGCUUGCACUUUGUGUAUCUGCCUCGAAUUCAGAGAGCCCUUGACACAUUCAGAGAAGCAUGGAACAGACAUCGCCUUAGAACAGGAGGAAUGACACCAACCCAGUUAUUCUUUCAAGGUGUUCACAGGUUUGCUGGUCAGGGACACACUGGUAUUGAUGACCUGGUCAUGCCUCCAGAUGAUGCAGAUCAGAUGAUAGAUGAGGCAGAGUAUGGUGUGGAAGAAGAGGGCCUCAUCACAGAAGAGCCUCAUGAAGAGCAGGUCAACGAGGAAGCCAGUCCUCUCGCACCAGAGCAGUUAGUCAGACUGAGAGACCUCGUCAACCCUCUGGAGGGAUCAGACCUUGGAGUGUCCCUGUUCACUGAAACUGUAGCCUUUGUUGAAAAUGUGAAUGUUUAG